UAUGAAAUGGAAUGUGGACAAGCCGGACGAAGAAGGAACACCACUGGGAAGGAAGUGUACAAGGUGUAGUGGUGGUACAUGUGGUUAUUCCUGUUACAGAGAGAGCUACAAGUCUUCAUACUCAGGUAACAAGCACUUACAUAAGAAUGAUAAUCUCCCCACCUGGCAAAACGUCAGUACAACCAUUGAUAGAUCAAGAUGUGCCCGUAUCCUCCUAGGCUCAGUAUGUCUCAUCUGGAGUGGACUUACCUAUAUGCAUUGGACGGGCAAGUGGGCCAAGGGUAGUCCAUACUGGAACAACCACAUUUUGGAUGGUACUGGUCUAGAUGAUGGUACACUAUCCCAAUGGCUACAGGCCUUAGGAUUCCCUAAAGAUAUGUUGAAUGACAAAGGGCCGAAAAAUAGAUUAGAUCAGGUCAUAUGGGAUGGGUUUAGGGAUAUGCUUUUCUUGGGAUUCCUGGAGCCUAGUGGUCUCAGUGGUGAUGAUGUCAAGGACGACAAUGGCAAUACAGCGAGAAGUCCUUUCGGUAUGAAUUACGCCGGUUUUGUGCAUACUGCACAUAGGGAUUCAUUCAACACUGAUCAAGCUACUGUCUUCCCUAAUGGCACAAGUUCUAGUAGCGCUGGCCAAAUCAGUGAAACUAACCAGCAUAAAAACGGUGCCAUUUUCAAGCUCUAUAUUCUAUCAUGUGCCUACUUUACAGGGUUACAGAAGAAGGGUCCGCCGAAGGGGGACAAUCGGAAUCCCAAGACCAUCCGUGAGAUCCUCUACUGGCUAAGUGCAUUGCCAUAUAGUACGGCAUACCCAAAGAUACUGAAGCAUUCCAUAGAGCGCCUCAAGAGCGUGGCGCCAGUUGUUGGAGACAAAAAACAGCUUUCGUUCUACCAGACAGGCCGUAAUCAUCCCAUUACAGUUCAUGAAUUCAACCUCUUUGCUCACUUCCAAGCAGUGACCCAGUACUGCCCACUGGUCCUCAUAGGUAUACAGGGUGGAAUACAUAUUACUAAAGGCACCAAAGAACCACCCAUACACUCCUUAUACGCCAACACGGAGUGUUCCUUCACAUAUCCCACUGUAUCCAUCCAAGCAUACAACCAGGUGGUCCACUACAUUAGGGCAUUGUUCUACCAGUUGUACUUCCUAAGGAAGCAAUGUGCAGUGAAGGUCACUUGUGGAGGGAAAUGGCGUGAGUGUAGGUAUGGCAGUGGAGUGGUCUCCAAGGGGGUAAUCAGCUGGAUGUGCCUGGGGUGUAACCCCAUGGAACAUGAUAGGAAAUGGAGGGUAGAGAAGGUAAAUGGGGAGUUAGGAAAAGUAGUGUCUUCGGGGAAAUCAGAUGAUGUAGCAGUAAAGGUAAAGGAUGUGCUAGAGAAGAUUGGUGAUGUAGUGGUACAAUUGGGUAACGCCCAGGAGGCAUUGGAAGGGAAGGCUGAGAGUAAAGUGAUAGAGGGGGUGAAGGAGGCACUGGAGGGGGCUAAGCAGGGACUAGGGCAGGUGAAUGGUGGGCUGGAUGUGAAACUACAGGAGGCUAAGACGAAACUAGGGGAGCUGACGAAUGGUAGUGGUGGCGCACUACACACACUAGUGAAUGGUGGUGGUGCUGGGUCAUUACAGCAGAUAGCUAAUGCUGACGCAGACUGGAAGAAGGAAUACAGUAGUGCCAAGGACAAGAUAAGUGAAGCUAUCGAUGGAGUAAGGGAGGUACUGAGAGCACUAGAAAAGGAAGUGCCAGAGGUGGAUGACAGUACAAAUCUGAAUGGUCACAAAAAGAUGUUUAGCGGUGCCAUAAAAGCCAUACUAGAAAUUGUGGGUAGUACUAGAUGUGUUCACUGCCAAGACCAUGCCAACAAGUGUGGCAAAACACCAACACCCAGUGUCUGUGACAAAUGCCACCAACAAUACAUGGACGGCACGCCAUCACCCCUCCAGGCAUUUCUCGAGGAUCGCUUACCAGGGUUUAGUUGUCGUAGCACCAUGGACGAGCUGGACAAACAAGAGGCGGAUAGGGCUCAGAAAGGGAGAGAUGCACCUCCUGGGUCGGAGCUGAGUUAUCCCUCUGCAGCAUCCCACCUAGGACACUGUAAUGGCUCAGGCCAAUGCUGCCCACUUCCAAUGGGUUUUAGAGGUCAAUUCCAAAAACGAGUAACCAAUACAGGCCAACGCCUUUAUGGCAUCCUCUACUUCUUCAGUAAUGAGAACAUGAUGCAAUCAUGUGUUUAUACACUAGUGAGGGUCACAGCAGCACUCAGUGCCACCACACCACAGGUACUGGGUGAUGUCUUUGGGUUCUUUAGGGGUGGUGUGGGAAAUAAAGAGGAGGGAGAAAACAAGGAGAAGAAGAAGACAAAGUGUGGGCACGAUGGUAAUCCAGGUGACAAGGGAAACGAAAACAAAUACUUCUGCGGCUGGUGCGCUUCUGGGUUACGGGAUGAAGUAAAGAAGAUAGAGUGGAUUCCAAAGGGAGGAGACAGUGAUAAAGGAGGACACUACAUGGACAAAGUCGGUAAAGCGCUGAGAGAUAUUAAGGGAGACAAGGACAGUGCUGUCGCUCUAAAGUCAACUACUACAACUACUACCACUAAUACAUCCUUCUCACGACUCACUGAGAACUGCCACUACCUCUCCCCCCUAACAGGUGAACUUUACACCGCAGUGAGUGCCACCUUCGGUGGAACAUACCUCUCAUGGGUACUAUAUCUAUCAGAUGCACUUCAAUGGGGACUAGAAUCACUGGCCAGUGCAUUCAAGGAGAUUGAAUGCCGGGGCUGUAGAGAGUGUGACCCCAAUAAGUGCAAGAAGGGAAGUCAUGGUGGGACGGAUAGUGCACAAUGUAACUGCUCAUCAAUCGUAUCAUGUACCGGGGUACUGCCGGUGCUGUAUAGGCAUGGCUUCAGCUACGGUAACCCAUUCAAUCUGGAGGGGUACCACCAGAAGGAUGGAAAGACAGAUGGGCAGUAUGACAUUGAGGACACGAAGAAAGCUAGACGUUGUCACGAGUUCCUAGAAAGUCUUCAAGAUGUAAUCAACCAGAAGGAGGAGGCCACCUCUCAGGACCACCCCCUCACCAACCUCCUCUCCCAGGUCGGCAAGCUCCAAUACGACAUACGGCUCCCAUGGAUAUUUGUCCUCACGUUAGCCUGGCUAGUAGCAGUGCUCUACCUUGCCUUUGGUGCCAUAUGGCCACUGGACUGGACUCAUAUGAGGUCGCAUUGUAGGGGGUGGUUCAGGAAGGGUAGUUUGAGUCCAUGGGAGGUACUGAUGGUGGGCAAGAAGAAGGGAAGAGGGAUACUAGAGUUUUUUGGUAAGACAUAGUGGCAAAGUAGUGGCGCCUUUGGCGCAGUAACUAGGGAUAAUGUA